AUGCUUGUGAAAGCAAAUCCUGACCACAUGCGUCAGGAGGAUGCUUCGCAAGGAAAAGAAUCGUGUGACCUCACAGGUGGGGGAUAUACUGACGAAAAAGAACAGGAGAAGUGUGUCGUGGAAAGUAUGAGCAAGGACCUUGUAUGGAAAGGUACCAGCGCAAGAGAAAAUAUAAAAAAGCGCAUGAAUGUGAGUUCCUCCAUAGGCCAUGAAGCUUCGUUGAUAGUCCUAAGUGAUCCACAGUUUGUCGGAGAAGUUGUGAACAUGGCAGCAGUCACAGCUGCCCCGCAGGGUUAUAGCCUGCCAACGCCUUCUGGCCCGUCCUUUGGGUCGUCCUUUGGGUCGUCCUCUGGAUCUACCUUUGGGUCGUCCUCUGGGUCUUCCUUUGGGUCGUCCUUUGGGUCGACCUCUGGAUCGUCUUCUGGAUCGUCCUUUGGAUCAUCCUCUGGAUCGUCCUUUGGGUCGUCCUUUGGCCAAUCCGUUGGUCCGUCCUCAGGUGGAUGCAGUCCCGGACAAGUGCGACAUGUGGACGGUAGAUGCGUGACUCCGCGAGAAAACAGAAGAGUGUUCUUGUAUGAAGUUCCUUCGAACGUGGUGUUCAACGGCGCUCCAGUCAACAUUCCCGAGCCAACAGUGGAGACCAACAUCGUGCUCAUCCGAACGCCCGAAGGAUUGCAGGGACCUGAUCCCGUGGUCAUACCUCCUCCGAGACAGCAGCACGUCGUGUACGUGCUGAACAAGCAGUCUGAACAUGACCAGAGGGUGAUCGAGGUCACGGCGCCACCGCCAUCCGACCCUGAAGUUUACUUCGUCAACUACGCCGAAGGCGAGAACCCAACUCUUCCUAGCGGAGUGGAUCUACAAAGCGCUCUGGGCGCUGCUACUCAAGGCGGCGGUCAGGUGAUCGGCGACAGCGGCUCUGGUGUCGGCGGUGGUAUUGGCGGUAGUAUCGGUGGCGGUAUCGGAGGUGGCAGCAGUGGAGGCAUCAGUUUGGGAGGAGGCGGAGGAUUCGGAGGCAGCGGCGGAAGCAUCAGCUUGGGAGGAGGCGGAGGAUUCGGAGGCAGCGGCGGAAGCAUCAGUUUGGGAGGAGGCGGAGGAAUCGGAGGCAGUGGUGGCUUUGGCAGCAUCGGUGGAGGCUAUACUCCACCAACCCAGCCUUCAAACCUGUACACUGCCCCAUAG